AUGACAGACGCAUCAACACCCCUCACAGCACUCUGCAACAUCUGCCACAGCGCACCACCCAAAUACACCUGUCCCCGCGACGCCGUCCGCACCUGCAGUCUCGCCUGCUCCCAAAGCCACAAACGCCGCGCCGCCUGCAGCGGCAUCCGCGACNCAGCCGCCUACAUCCCCAAGUCCUCUCUUCAAACCGCUGGCGGAAUCGACCGCGACUACAAUUUUCUCAGCGGGGUGGAACGCAACAUCUCUCGCGCCGACAAAGAGACUAGUGAACGUGGAGUUUCUCUGGACGGAAAAGGCAAAGCGAUUUUCCAGAAACGAUGGCAUGAUAAUGGUGCUUUGGGAAAGUAUUUGCGGGAGAAUGGGGUUGUGGUGCAUAAAGCGCCGGUAGGGAUGGCGAGGCAAAAGGCCAAUCAGACGAGGUUUAUUGCGAAGAGCAAGAGGAUUGUGUGGAGUGUGGAAUGGAUUGUUGAGGGUGAAAAGAGGGUCGUUGAGGUGGAUGAGAGUAGGAGUAUUGAGGAGGCUUGGAAGGAGUUGGUACUUGAGAAGGAGAGGGAGACCAAGAAGAGAAAGAGGACACAGGAAGAUGCAGGAGCAAAGCCGCAGAAGCAGAAGGUGCAACCAGACGCCGACGAGUCAAAAACACAAGUUGCGGAAGGUGCGACAACGGAACUGGAGACAGAAGGAGCAACGACGAACGACACUACAAUCGCUCCUUCCACCCGCGAAACCACAACACAAGACGCACCUUCACAGCAGGAACAACCAUCCGAGACCGCCACAUCAACACAACAAACCACCCACUUCUACCUCCACAAACCACACACCUCAUCAACAAACACCGUCCUCAUCNCCCUCACCUCAACAACAACAACAUUAACACACGCCCUCCAUAAAAAACACGUCCUCGAAUUUCCCACAAUAUACGCCUUUCCCUCUACCACCGAAGAAACAACAAAUCCUCUACCCAAAGGCUUUAUAACCCUCGAUCAAUACAAUAUCGAAAGAUCAGCAGAGGAUAAAGAGUUGAUUGGAUUAAUGGAGUCAAUACCAGAAGGCCAGAGGAAGAUUGCCUUGAGUGGAGGUAUCUUUGGUGGUGAUGAAGAGAAAGAAGAGACGGUGGAUGAGAAACAGAUUUUAGAGGUGUUGCAACGGGAUGCUGAUGCGCUAAAGUAG